GCACCCUGCAAGCAUGGGAUGGAGCUCCUCUUUCGCAGCUCUGGAGCUGCUUGCAUCACAGAGGCGGAGAUAGAAAAGGGAAGUAUAGAAGGCUGCGCCUCUGCUCUUGUUUCUGCGACUGGCGCGGCUGCAUACCCAUACACGGCUUACCAAAUUACGAUCAUUCGACAGCACCACAAUGGCAGCACAAGGCACAUCCAGCGGCCACCCCAUCACGGUCCUCACAGCGGAUCUUGCGCCGAAGCUACCAGCCCACAGUUCCGUGUUGUUCGCUGCCAAAAAGAGCAAGAACCUGUCGUUUGAAACUAUCGCGAAGGCCCUUGGACGAGAAGAGGUCUCGACUGCCGCGAUCUUUUAUGGUCAGGCCAAUGCAUCUCCAGAAGAUAUCACGAAGCUCGCAGAGGUUCUCGAUAUCCCAGAAGAUGUGCUACUCCAGACCGAAAUCGCGGCGUUGCCGGACCGGGGCCGUUCUAUGGAGAUGCCGCCUCGUGAGCCAUUGAUGUACAGGUUAUACGAGAUUGUGCAGAACUAUGGCUAUGCUUACAAAUCUAUUAUGAACGAGAAGUUCGGAGAUGGGAUCAUGUCUGCUAUUUCCUUCUCCACGAAGGUAGAAAAGGAGACAGACGAUAAGGGCGACUGGGUGAAGAUCACUUUGCGUGGAAAAUGGUUACCAUAUACCCGUUUCUAGACCAGCACGGUAGACGACCACCGAAGAACAAAAUAGAAAGUUACCUUCGGUAUCGCGCCUUCCAUGCUGCAUGUUCUGUCAGACGGGUUCGAGUCGUUGCUCCUUGUAUCUUUCUGCCUCCUGCAGCGUAGUCAAGGCGUUCUGUCUAUCGAAGCCAGGCAGUAAGACAAUCAUGGUCUCGAGAGACCCGGAAGUGUCAUUGUCUCUGGACUCCGUUCUGCUGUGCGGAAACAGACUGGAAUCAUAUAUUUGUGCUAAUGACAUUCACCGAGCAAGCUGCGCCACAGAUCACUU